CGGUGCAUGGAGAGAAGGUGUGCGUGGAGGGGGCUGUAAACAUGCCAGCCGAACCAGAUCACCCGCAGACGUGACGCACGCCUCACCAAGACUGAGCCGAGACUGAGAGGACCGAGGUGCGCGCCUGGGGUAAAACAUGACAGUGGUGCCCGCGGAGAACCUGGAUGAGACCGUGGCACUGGCUGCUCUGUCUGCGCAGGAUGUCUACGACCCGGAGCGCACAGAGAACCAGGAGUGCUGUGAGCGCGUGGUCAUCAACAUCUCUGGGCUGCGCUUCGAGACGCAGCUCAAGACCCUUGCCCAGUUUCCAUCCACACUGCUCGGAGACCCACGCAAGAGGAUGCGCUUCUUUGACCCGCUCAGGAACGAGUACUUCUUUGACAGGAACCGGCCAAGCUUUGAUGCCAUUCUAUACUACUACCAGUCUGGGGGCAGGCUGCGCAGACCCGUUAAUGUGCCCGUGGAUAUCUUUAUGGAAGAAAUUAAAUUCUACGAGCUUGGAGAUGACGUGAUAGAGAAUUUUAAGGACGACGAAGGUUUUAUUAAAGAGGAGGAGCGACCACUACCUGAAAAUGAAUUCCAGCGUCAAGUUUGGCUUUUGUUUGAGUACCCUGAGAGCUCAGGACCCGCGAGGGGCAUAGCCAUUGUGUCUGUUCUGGUCAUCCUCAUCUCUAUCGUCAUAUUCUGCUUGGAGACAUUACCUGAGUUCAGGGAGGAGGCAAGAACGUUUGAGGAACAUCUCGUUGUGAACGGGACCUCGCGCGUAAAAAAACCCAAUCCGUUCACAGACCCGUUCUUUAUUGUGGAGACGCUCUGCAUAAUCUGGUUCUCCUUUGAGUUGCUGGUCCGUUUCCUGGCCUGCCCCAGCAAACCAGCGUUCUUCAAGAACAUCAUGAACACUAUAGACAUUGUGGCCAUCAUGCCAUACUUCAUCACCCUGGGGCUCGAGCUCGCAGAGCACCAAGGUAACGGGCAGCAGGCCAUGUCCCUGGCCAUCCUCAGGGUCAUUCGUCUUGUUCGCGUCUUCCGCAUCUUCAAACUCUCAAGACACUCAAAGGGGCUCCAGAUUUUAGGCAAGACUCUGCAAGCCAGUAUGAGAGAGCUGGGACUUCUUAUCUUUUUUCUUUUCAUUGGAGUUAUCCUCUUCUCCAGUGCCGUGUACUUUGCAGAGACGGACGACCCGGAAUCGGGAUUUUCCAGCAUCCCGGACGCGUUCUGGUGGGCUGUGGUUUCCAUGACAACUGUGGGCUAUGGGGAUAUGUGUCCAGUGACUAUCGGGGGUAAAAUUGUGGGAUCUUUGUGCGCCAUCGCUGGUGUGCUCACUAUUGCUCUCCCUGUGCCUGUCAUCGUGUCCAACUUCAACUACUUUUACCACCGAGAGACAGAGCACGAGGAGCAGUUUCAAUACACGCACGUGACGUGUGGACAGCAACAACCACCGUUUGGAGAGUUUAAAAAGAGCGACAGCAGGCCGUCUUUGACUAAGUCCGACUAUCUGGACAGUGAUGAAGCAGACUCCAUCAAAUACACCAACUGCAGUCCACACAAAGCAUAUACCGGGAAACUCACUGACGUGUGACUCGUGCCCACUAUGAUGUUGGCGCGCGCGCACAGGUCAAAUGGCAUUCCCGCUCAAAGCAGCUCUGGUUUAAGUUGAGACUGAGCUCUGUGCAUUAUGACAUCAAACAAAAGCGAUUAGUUUCUCCUCAGUGUCUUCCAUCAGUAUAACACAUGAGCAGUCUCGAUAGCACUUUAUGAUUCAGAUCCUGUCUAUAGUUCUGACAUUGCUUUUUUGCACUUCACAUUUGAUGCGCAGAUACAACAAGAAAAUGUCAUGGCACAGGUAUGCCAACGGUGUUCCAGGUUUUACAAUAGACUUGGCUGGACUCCAGCAACGGGACAGUCAGUGUGUCCAAUUGAACUAGAGUAUAAAAGUAACCGUAUAGCAGUAUAAAAGUAACCGUAGGAUUUAGACCUGCCUACUUAACUGCAAUCUUAUUUCACUAUUUUCUACGCUGCUCUGCAAAUUUGCCUUGUGCAGAGGUAUUGGAAACAGGAUGUGACAAGCGCGCCAUCAUGUGGUUACCCAAGUACACCGCAGCUUUACUGAGGGCAGUUUCUAUAGCAACCUUCCAGACUUUUCUGUAUUGUCUAUCGAAAGGGCUCAGACUGAAAGAGAGACUAGAAACCACCAUGUUGUGGGAGCCUCCAUGUUGUUUGAACUGAUUUUGUCUAUAGUCAAAUAGCCCACAUCUUUAACACGAUUGUACCAUUAAUAUUUGACCUGCUCAUCAGUGAUUGAUCACACUGACCUGACUGAAACUGUGAUCCAGCCAACAUUGGUUUAGGUACAAAGUAAACACCUGGUAUUUCAGUAAAUAACAAUAAAAACAACAAUAAAACACGUGCAUUAAUUUAAAAUCACGUGAGCCAAGAGAACAAUAUGACCUUGCUGUCAAACACGGGGAAAAAAAAAAAGAAAAUUAUAAAUAUCUCAUAUUCCUAAGAAACGAUUUAGGUUUUACAUUAACCAUUUCUGAAUCCCCACAUACUCACAAAAUAUAGGCCUAUUUUAUUUCAAACAGAGCUCAAAUACCACAGACUGACUCUUAGAACUCGUGCGCUUUAAAUGUGACCCCCAUCCACAGCACUAUGCUCCAGCUUGCACCUUAUAGGCAUGUGACUCCUGGAAUAAUAAUAUGAUGGGAAUUAAAGGUACCUGUGGACAUUCUGGAUGCGAGAAAAACCUUUGGAUUACUGCUUGGAAUCUCCCCUGACUAAAUCUGCUGGUUUGAAGGCUCAGCCCUUCAGACGACCUUCACAGACUGUAUUUAAGUGCACACCGACUGGUUAAGAGAAGGAGAACAUUGAACAAUCCCCUCAGCUCGGCUUAACUUGAACCAAAAGAGACCACCUUCCUCAUCCACAUUUCCUCUGGAUUCACUUUGGACACAUUAUUUGCAGGAACAUACAAUUCAGUGUUCGGUUUUGCACAGAGCAAAGCUGCAGUCGGACUGAGGUACUUACUUGAAUCAUUGUGACGUUAGCACUUCACUGCAAUGACAGUAUGCUUCUGUAGUAUUGUGUAUGUCCUGUGUGUAUGUUGUGGUCAUAACUAAACCAAAACAUGUUUGCAUGCUUGGUAGAGAGCAUCUGACUGGCCAUAGUGUCAAUGGCCCUGCACUUAUGAAUAAUGGGGGAAUAAUAGAUGACAUUUUAGUGGAGUUAUUGUAAAUCUCUCUUAAACAUAUCACAAUAGACCAAUGAGUCUUCAUGAAGAGUAAGAAGAAAUGGUUAUAACUUGUUUUCUAGAUGUUUGUUUAGUCAAAUUUAACAACUGAAAAAGACAGAAAAGACACUCUUUGCCUGUGAAAUGAAUGUUGUGUGUAGUUUUAACAGUACAAAUACAUAAAUGCAGGUGUUACAUUCUUAAUUUCUUUGAAAUGUUUUGAAUGUUUUAAUUUUUUUUAUCAAAAUGCUGUAAUUUCUGUGAUAACAUCUACCUCUUUCUGCAUCAUCAAAAACUGAAGCUUUAAUUCAACUCUGUCACAUACACAGUUGUAGCUUUGCAUGGCUCUAUAAGAUCACAUAUAAACGAUUUAUUAAUUUAUUUAAUUUUAAAUCAAUGUUCUGUACACUGAUCAAUGUCACCACAUCAGGGACCAAGUAGAAAACCCCACAUAUGCUCAUCGUACUUUUGGUAAUUUAUCUGAAGUGUGACCAUAAACAAUCAAGUUAGGAAUUUUCAAAGCAAUAUUGCAUCUAAAUGAUAGAAGAGAAAUUAUCCUAUACCACAUAUCAUUCAAAACUC